UAAAAGUACGUAGAGGGCGGACACUGUCACAGUCUGCAACCACGGCAAACACUACCACCAUCAUGUACAAGCUGGUUAUCUUCAGUGUCCUUAUCGCCGCUUGCUAUGCCGGCUACGUACCUGCACCUGUGCACUACGCCCCUGCCCCGGUCCACUACGCCCCGGCCCCAGCUCCCGUACCUGUAGCCACGUCCUACGCCACCAUCCACCAGGUACACCACAGUGUGCCCGUACCUGUACCUGUCAAGGUGCCCGUGGCUGUUCACGCCCCUGUCGUAGCUCCCGUAGUUCCGGUGGUCGCCCAUGCUCCUGCUCCAGCACCUUACCCUCAUUACGGUUAAAGGCGGAUCCAUGUGAAAUUAACAAUAAAUGAAUGCUAUAAACCGUA